AUCCAUGUCGGCCCCCGUCCAGCGCCCUCCAGACUUUGGUUUCCUCAGGUUCAGAAGGAGGAGGGAGAGCGGCUGGGCGUACUCUCUCCUCAGGUUCUGUAAUCCAAGAUGUCUGUAAAGAGCUGGAAUAUGACUAGGAUAUCAUCUUCACACAGACUUAUUCCUGAGUGGAAGGAUUUGAAACGCUUCAUAAAUAAGAUCCUGCAGAAUAUAAAGGUUGAUGAAGAAGAACUAAAGAAUGAUGUGGUUAUACUGAGUGACUGGCCUGAGGCUCUAUACCAGGAAUCCUGCCAUCCCAAUAACAUGCCAUUCGUCUGCUUCUACUCCAUCAACGCCAACUACUUCGUCUCCUUAAACUGGGUGGAACCAUAUGCUACACAAAUGCAGGCAGUACUUUGGAUACAGAAAAAUGAUGAAGGCGUGAAAGGGAUUGUAGAGAAGAUGGAGUUUCCCUUGGUGGAUCAAGUGCCACCCAUCCAAGCAAUGGUCCACACUGGUUCCUAUCACAUGUUCAUUGCUUACUGUGGUGACUUGUGCCUGCGGCUCUUUGCAGAUCACCACAGAGCUUUCAAAUCUCUGGGUAUGGUGCCCUGCCGUUUCUCCAUCAGCUGCCUCUGCUAUGAUUCAGAAACUGAGAUGCUGCUGUCUGGCACAUUAGGGGCUGUGGUUACCUGGUUUAUCUUACCAAAUGGCAAGGGCCUCCAGAUGGCUCAAAGUGUGCCCAUGCCUGGUCAUGAGCUUGUACAGGGCUUUUCCUUGAAUGGACCCCAGGGCUCCCUCCUGGCUCUGUGUGAGAAUACAAUGAGGGCCUUCACCCACCAAGGCCAGGGUCAACUGGAAGAGGUAAAGAGUUUUACUCCCAUAGCAAGUGGCUCCUCCAUUACCUGGUCCUUCACUUGUAUCUCUCAGGGCUAUCUCUAUGCUGGAAGCAGGGCUGGGGAGAUCCAUGCUUGGGGUCUAGACCAGGGCAACUUCCUCCACAGCUUCCAGGCCCAUUCCUCAUCAGUGGUAUGUGUCCAUAGUCGACCAGAGACUCACACCUUACUAACAGCAGGCAGUGAGGGCAUAGUCAGGGAGUGGAAUCUCACUUCUGGGAACUUGCUACGGCAGCUGGAUGUUGAUGAGGAUCUGCAGAAAGUGCAGUUUGUUGAUAACACCACGUUUUUCAGCCAGACUACUUAUACUUUCUCAUUGCACCACCUGCCUUACUUUUAUAGUCUCUUCAAUGUCUGUGGUUCUGCUCCCCAGAAGGUGCAGUGGGUCUGCUGUGGCCAUAAUUGGACCUGGAUCCUCUGUGCCACUGAGGAUGGUUUGUUGCACUUCCUAUCUCCAGUAACAGGGAAUCUCUUGGUUAUAACCUGGCCUCUACUUGUUAUGGAUAAGGCUGUGGCUUGGGCCUAUGACUCAGACAGAGAGGAGCUUUUUGUGGCGACAGGCAGUUCUGAUGUGCUGGUGUUUGAUGCAACCCGCUCUCCUUGCACAGCCAAGUAUGUAGUGCACACUUCAGUAAACUCUGAGGAUAGCAUAAGAUGCCUGGCCUAUGGGCGGUCCCAUUUGGUUAAGGGCUUACAAGGACUGAUGUUCUGUGGGCACCAGAGUGGCAUUGUGAGAAUCCUUUCCCACUACAGCUGUGCCCGAAUAGAGAAGACUGUUCACUCUGGAGCAGUAUUGGCACUGUCUACCCUGGAAGAGCCCCAGGAAAACUCCUUGCUCUGUUCCUAUGGCAUGGAUAACUUUGUACACCUAAUGGAGGCUGUGCUUCAGGCAAACAAGGUAAUCCUGCAACCUCUCAGGAAAAUUCUCAGUAGUUGUCCUCUAAAACAUGUGAUACUCCUACCUGGUUCUGUGGGGGCCAUCACUGAGGACCGCUGCUGGCGUCUCUGGCAUUAUCAAGACUUGCCAGCAUCUUCAGAAUCAAAACAAAACUCCAAAUUUAGAGAGACAAAAUGCCUGCACCAGUGUGCCAUCACUUCAUUUGAUGUCUGCCUUUCUCUGAAACUUUUUGUCACAGCCAUUGAUGGCACAGUCUGGAUGUGGGACUUUAAUGGUACCCUUGUAGCUGAGUUGGACUCAGCAUUGCAUUUUGGCCCACUCUGCUUUGCCAAUGAUUGGGGUGACCUGGUUUACUUCAAUCAGAGUCUCUACCUGGUAUCCUGCUUAAAAUUGUUACCUCCAGCCCUGCUGAUUCAUCUAGUUACCCUAAACAAUGCAGAUGAAAUACAAGAAGUCUCUAAGCCCUUCCUGCCUAGCUUCUUCUAUUCUUUUGAAAUAGUAUUUGUGCCCAAAUUUGUCUGUCUUGGACAAGGGCUGCAGGAAUUACAAGGGCUAGAACCCCUCAUCAAUAAACGGGUCAUUGCCUUUGACAGUACUGUGCCCCAUGUUGUAGAGGAAGAGAGAGGCAGACCCUUUGGGAUUCAAGAAAGAUCUCAAUUGCAGUUUUUGAAGGAUAAGGAUAUUGAUCUGUCUGCUCUUGACCACAAGCAUGAUCGUCUCCCACACAUGGUUCCUGCUCGCUUACGCCUGACUGGCUGGGAUAGACUCAGCCUCUACCAUAUAUUACAGCACUUCUUUGGUCGAGGAUGGCAGUGGCCCUUUGCUCCUGAUGGCUACAUCCCCAAUUCAGUGAUUCGUGCUCGUCUUUGGCCUGAAGGUACCCCAAUCUUUCUGCAGUGUGAUCUGCAUUCACCUUACCAAGAUAAGGACUGGGACAUGGCUGAGCCCAUCACAUCCAAGGAACUAUCACCUAUGAAUCUGGUAUAAGAGAGAAUCUCAGUGAGUACACAAGUGGAUAAAUCCAAAGAGUGGGGUGGAAUGCCUUUUGUUAUGCUCAUGAGCACAAUAAAUCAAAAUUAGAUGGAAAGAAAAUUUAGUGAAGGGUUUAUGGAUAAUUUAAUUGAGACUGUCCUCAACUUCACAAUUUGCUGUUCUGUAGAGAAAUACAAAAAAUGUUUUAGUGUCCUAGCAUAAAUUUUUGCUACUUACCAAGUAUCUCCAAAGUUGUGCUCUGAGGCUGCCCGUCGCCUUCUGGACGAUACAACCCAUUCCAAUCCACGUAUCCGUGCACUAGCCUGGGAGGGGCUGGAUAGGCUAGGCCUCAUGAGCCGUCUCUUUGCUAUUCCAUUGACUAUGGGAUUGAUGGACAAUGAUGAGUCUGUGCGAGUCACAGGCAUCCAAACUAAGACCAUGCUGGUGCGCCUGCUGCAGAAACAAGAAACUUUACAGGAAAUGAAGCAAGAAAUUAUAGGAGAAGCCUCUCUGGACUUGCUGCUGGGGAUUCAAGCUACAGAUAUCAGGUUCCUACUUACUCAUGUGGAGCAGCGGCUAAAUGAAAACCUGACCUUACUGCAGAAAGACAAACCACUUCCUUUUUCUUUUGAUACAUCAAAGGCUGGUGAACUUGAAGCCCUUGCUGAAAAAACACUCAUACCUUUGACAGUGUCUGAAAAGACUACCAAACUGAAGAAAAGCAAGAGACAUUUUCAAGCAAGGAGCAAAAAGCUUAUUAAAAAGGACCUGAGAGUUGCCAAGAAGCACAGAGAGACAGAAUUUGGAUCAUUUAGCUCUGUGGUAGUGCCUUCAGAGGAGGAAGGUGAACGAAGAGAGGCCAGGAAAUCAGGGAAAAUUGACACGAAGGAUGUUGUCUUAGAACCAGAACUUCCACUAAGCACUUUCAUCCCAGUCCAAUCCCAGGAUAAUGCUGAAUCAAAGGAGGUCACAUUGCAGGCCACAGAAGCCUUGGGAGACACAGAGGCCGUGGAGGUCACAGACGUCACAAAAGCCACAGAUCAACAUGACAAGAAAGAUGAUGGUGUUAUUUCUCAGCUGAAAAGAAAAGCACACAUGAGAAUGCUUUGGAAAGGGGCAGUGCAAAAAGGCCUCAAGAAAGCAGAUGUGAAGAGUGUAGAGAAAAUAGACCUGCAGGAUAUUUCACAGGUGGCUACAGAAGAGCCCAAGGAAGAAGUCAUACAAGUUCCUGAACAAAAAGAAGUUAUAAGGAAGAAAGUUAAAAAGAGUGGCUGUGGUUUGUCUGGGACCCCUGGAUACCCAAGUAGAGUAGACAUCAGUUCUUGGCGGGAUGACAUUUGCAAUCUUGUCACCUCAAGGAUAGCAAGUUCCCAUCCAGGAAUGUUACAGGACCUGGGUAAAGAGUUGGUGGAGUUGGCUCAGGUGAUGCUUGCUGACCGACAGCCUAGCUGGGAUCUCUUCCAAGAGAUAUGCCCCCUAUUAAAGGUCUCAAGAGGAUUGUCAUCAGAAUUGAAAAAGAGAACAGUGAAAGAAUCACCCAUCAUAAUAGAAGAAGUAGAUAAAGGAGCUUUAGGGACAGUGGAAUUGAGGGAACGAGAGGAUAAAAAAGCAUUAAAGAGCAAGGCAUUUUCUCAAAUGAAGAAAAAGAAAGUUUCUUUCUUAGAAGAUCACCUAGACUUAGAGAAAAGAAAAUUAAAAAAGGAAGUAAGGAGACUGUCCAAGCAAGAAGGGAAUAUAGCUGAGGAAGAGAAAAAACUGACUAAGCCAGAAAAAAAAUCAUUGCAAGAAAAGGAGAAACCAGUCAAGGAUGAGAAGAAACUGACCCAUGAGGAAGGAAGAAUGGCUUGGGAAGAAGAAACACUGGCUUUCCCACAAAAGAAACUAACCAAGAAAAAGCAGAAGGUAGUCCUAGAAGACAAGACAUUGACUGGAGAAGAGGGGAAACUUCUAGAGAAAGGAAAGAAAGUGGCCUGGAAGAAGGGGAAGUCUACUCUGGAAAGAAAGAAGCUGGCCUGGGCAAAGAGGACACUGGCAUAGGAAGAAGGCACAUGUGCCGAGGAAGAGGGAUUGCUGGUCUGGAAAGAGAGUAAGUUGGCCCAGACGGUAGAGGAGCUGGGUGAGGAAGAAGAGGAGCUGGUCAGGGAAAAGGAGCACCUGGCUGGAAAAGAAGAGGAAGUGGCCUGGAAGGAAGAGGAAGUGGCCUGGGAAGAAGAGGAAUUAGCCUGGGAAGAAGAGAAAGUGGCUUGGGAAGAAGAGGAAUUAGCUUGGGAAGAAGAGGAAUUAGCCUGGGAAGAGGAAAAACUAGCCUGGGAAGAAGAGGAAUUAGCCUGGGAAGAGGAAAAACUAGCCUGGGAAGAAGAGGAACUAAUCGUGGAUAGAGAAAAACAAGUUAGAGAAGAGAAGAAACCAUCUCACAGAAAGAGGGAACACCUACGGCAAAAGGAGAAGCAUAUUGAGGAAGGAGAGAAACAGGCCUGGAAAAGGGGGAAAUUGACCCCAGAAGAGGAACAUUUGUUUACAGAAGAGGAACUGUCUGGAGAAGAGGGAAAAGAAGUGUUAGAAAGAGAGAACUUGAAAGAUUAAGAGAAUAAAUUGACCCCAAAAAAGGAGAAAUGGUAUAGAAGAGAGGAAAAACAGACCCAUAAAAAGAAGAAACAAAUUCAUGAAAAGAAAAAACAAGUUGGGGAACAGGAAGAAC